CGAAAGUCAUAAACCCCGAACCGCCCCUCUCACCGGUUCUCUCUCCCCUUUCUGCCAAAACCCUAGAAAGCCGUCUUCAUUACGGUGAUCCAGUGGGCAGAAGGAGCAGCCAUUGAUUCCGUCACUUCCUUCUCCGCCGACCAAAUUCGCCGGUUUCCCCGGUUGGCUCGUUAAAUAAGAGAUACCAUGAGAUUGGAGUUUUGCUGGUUUUGCUCUUCGAAGAUCUAUCCUGGGCAUGGUAUUCAAUUCGUUCGCAACGAUGCCAAGAUAUUUAGAUUCUGUAGGUCUAAAUGCCACAAGAACUUUAAGAUGAAGAGGAAUCCUCGUAAGGUGAAAUGGACCAAGGCCUAUAGGCGGUUACACGGGAAGGAUAUGACAAAGGAUUCAACCUUUGAGCUGGAGAGGAAGAGGAAUAGGCCCGAGAGAUACGACAGAAACGUUAUGGAGAAUACCCUAAAGGCCAUCAAGAAGAUUGACAAGAUCAGACACGACAGGGCAGCUGAUCAUAUUGCACAGAGGUGGAAGCCAAAGGCAGCCAAGGAGCGCAGAGAAGCAAGGAAGGAAUUGGAACAGAGCAUCAGCUUGAUCAAAGCUCCUCUCGCCAUUCAAUCACAAGAGCCAGCGAUCACAGUCCCGAAGAUCAAAGUCAAGGCCCCCAAGCAACAGACGGUCGAGGACCAACUCAUGGAAGAGUAACUUCUAUCGGUGCCUUUCGUUGCUGCGCUUUUGCUUUUCCCAUUGGAGAAGGGCUGAGAUUUUGCUCUAUCCAGUGUGUUGAGCUGUUCUUGUUCCAGUGUAGCUGUGUAAUUCCUACCAAGGUUUUGUUAGUCUCUUUUAGUUGGUGCCCUUCUUGUUUUGAGAUGAUGUUCAAUGGCAAACCUUUAUGUAGAAAAUUUUGAGACGAUGAUACUGAUAUUACAUUCAUAUGAAUCAUAUCAAUCGCGUUUGGGCCGGGCUCUGUAAUCCCCUUGGAGCAACGGUAACCGCUAAAUCCAGCGGGCAGCGGCCCAACAACUGGAAGAUGAUUAAGAAAGAUU